AUGCGGGGGCUGCGCGGGGCGGCGGGGGCCGGCGGAGCGCGGGCGGCGCUGGCGCUGCUGCUGGCGGCGGCGCUGGCCCCGGGGCCGGCGCGGCCGCACCCGCAGUGCCUGGACUUCAAGCCGCCGUUCCGGCCGCCGCGGGGCCUCGCCUUCUGCCGCCGCUACGCCGACUUCGGCUGCUGCGAUCCGCGCCGCGACCGCGCCCUGCUCCAGCGCUUCUACCGCCUCAGCGCCCGCCUCGACGGGCCCACCUACGCCGCCUGCGCCGGGCACCUGCAGGACCUGCUCUGCCAGGAAUGCUCUCCAUAUGCAGCUCACUUGUACGACGCUGAGGAUCCUUCCACUCCCGUGCGGACGAUACCAGGACUUUGCCAAGACUAUUGCCUACAAGUGUGGCAAAAAUGCCGCUCCAUUUUUCACUAUCUCUCUGCAGACCAAGAGUUAAUUGCACUGGAGAACAACAUGGCAAAAUUCUGCCACUACCUGUCCUUGGAGGACACAGACUACUGUUUUCCACACCUGCUGGCUAACCAGAACCUUAACCAAAACCUGGGGUUAGUGACCGCCGACGCGGAGGGCUGUCUCCAGCUCUGCCUCGUGGAGGUCGCCAAUGGGCUGCGCAAUCCCGUUGCGAUGGUGCACGCCAACGAUGGCACCCACAGGUUCUUCAUUGCAGAGCAGGUUGGCCUGGUGUGGACCUACCUCCCCGAUCGAUCCAGGCUCGAAAAGCCAUUUCUGAACAUCAGCGAAGCCGUACUUACCUCACCUUGGGAAGGAGACGAGAGAGGUUUUCUAGGUAUUGUCUUCCAUCCUAAGUUCAAAUUUAAUGGUAAAGUGUAUGUCUACUAUUCAAUUGAAGUUCGUUAUGAAGAGAGAAUCCGAAUCAGUGAGUUCAGAAUUUCUCCUGCUGACAUGAAUGCUUUGGACCAUGGUUCUGAAAGGAUAAUCCUGGAAAUAGAAGAACCUGCUUCCAACCAUAACGGAGGAGAGCUGCUCUUUGGAGAUGAUGGGUAUCUCUAUAUAUUUACUGGAGACGGAGGCAUGGCUGGGGAUCCUUUUGGGACCUUUGGAAACGCCCAGAACAAAUCAACCUUGCUGGGCAAAGUGCUGCGGAUCGAUGUGAACAACAACGACCGUGGGCCUCUGUACCGAAUCCCUCCCGACAACCCUUUUCUUAAUGACCCUAAGGCUCGCCCUGAAAUCUAUGCAUACGGAGUGAGAAAUAUGUGGCGCUGCUCUUUCGAUAGAGGCGAACCUCACACCAAGGAAGGCAAAGGGCGGCUCUUCUGUGGAGAUGUGGGGCAGAAUAAAUACGAAGAAAUCGACAUCGUUGAGAAAGGGAAAAAUUAUGGCUGGAGGGCAAGGGAAGGGUUCAGCUGUUACGAUAAAAAACUUUGCGCCAAUUCGUCAAUGGAUGACGUGCUUCCCAUUUACGCGUAUCCACACAAAAUGGGGAAAUCUGUUACGGGAGGCUAUGUCUAUCGAGGUUGCGAGUCUCCGAACUUGAAUGGCCUGUACAUAUUUGGUGAUUUUAUGAGUGGACGCCUGAUGUCUUUGAAGGAGGAUCAUGCUACCGGAGAGUGGCAGUACAGUGAAAUCUGCAUGGGGACAGGACAAACGUGCAUGUUCCCUGGGCUUAUCAAUAACUAUUACCAAUACAUCAUCUCCUUUGCUGAAGAUGAAGCAGGGGAACUUUACUUCAUGUCUACCGGCAUACCAAGUGCCACGGCUCCCCAUGGAGUGGUGUACAAAGUGGUGGACACCUCUAGGAGAGCACCACCAGGAAAAUGCCGAGUUGAGCCGUCGCCAGUGAAAGUAAAAAGCAAGCGCAUCCAGUUUGUGCCAAAGGAGAAGCUUAUUGUGAAAACACCAACGCCGCGUCCCCGGCUGAAGGCCGUGACCGAUGCCCCCCAGGGCGGCAGGCCAGACCCCGAAACCCCCCGCACGCCGGCUGUGGACUGGGUGGGCCAAGCCCCGCCGCCGCCGGGGAACCGAAGCAGGACGCCCACCACGGCAGCGCCGAGCGGCAGGACCCCCAAGCCCAGGAAGGGAGGAGAGAGGAGGGGGCAGCGCAGGAAGAAGAAACCCCGGCACGGCCCCGCCGCUGCGAACGGCGCCGUGCGGCUGAUGGAGCAGCGGGGCCGCAGCCGGAGCCGGGGCCGGGUGGAAGUUUACAUCGACGGCGAGUGGGGCACGGUGUGCGACGACGGCUGGAGCUCAGCCGCCGCCGCCGUGGUGUGCCGCCAGCUGGGCUUCCCCUACGUGGUGCGGGCCAGCAAGAAGGCAGAAUUUGGGGAAGGGACCUCCCUUCGCAUUCUCCUGGACGACGUCCAGUGCUCCGGGCAGGAGAAGACGCUGCUGGAGUGCGCCCAUGCCGACGUCGGCACGCACAACUGCUCCCACGAGGAGGACGCUGGCGCGGUGUGCAGCCGGGAGGAGGUGGCAGACUGGUGACAGAGGAGCUGGGGAAGGCAGCUGAGGGACUCGGAGCACGUCCCUUUCUUGCCCGACCCUCUAAACCAGCGUCAGUAUUGAGGAGGGUGUGCUCUGCCUUGAGGAUGUUGCGUCUGUUCGAAGUAAUCUUGCCGUUUUCUUUGUGUUCAUCCCCAUGCAUCUGCCUUGGAGGGAAAGAAAAAGUAAAAUGAAGCGGUGACUUGCGUAUGUUGUGGGCAGGGACUGCGUUUGUACGGGGGGGUUUGUAAGAAGAAACCCCAAACAUCAGCCAUUAUAGAUUAGAAAAGAGACGCAUAUUGUUGCUCUUUCCUCUUUUGAAAUACAGCAUUCCCCAGCUGUGCUUCAUAAUGUUUUGCCGAAAAAUAAAUUCCCAAAUGACCGUGUUUCACUCUUAUGGAAGUGUUUGCGUUGUUUGGCUUGCUUUGACACCUGCGGCUCUGAGUGGUGGUUUCUAAGUAUGCAUAAAUCUGUGCCUUAGUUUGCAGAAUACAAAAGCAGAAUUUUUUUUUUUUAACUUUCCAUGCACUAGUUUAAAGGAAAAUUAUUCUUCUGUAAUGCUUUUUAUUGGUAUAAGCCUAUUGGUUAUCAAAGAUAACUGUGUCUAAGCAAAAUAAGAUAAAUUAGAAAAAGGCAUAGCAUACUGUCUGGAAAAUAUUUCUGCAGUUUACACUAGCCUAAGUGAAAAGAAAAUUUGGCCUUUUUUACAUGAACAGGAUUGUUAUCCAGUUUAACCCUGAAGAUACUUUGUACAUGUUUCUCCACUUUCCCAAACAUGAAGUGACAUGUUUUUGCAUUCAGUUUUCACAGGUGUGAAUGACUAGACAAGAGGUAACGUACUGGGGUAAUAAUCCUGUAAUAUUUACCCCUUUUUAAAGGAUAUUAAAAAACCCCAA